AUGGCUAACGAAUUUACCUUAUGUACAUGGAACUUAAGAACACUGUACAGACCAGCGGGCCUUCAACUUUUAUGUCAACAACUUGCAAAUCACAGAGCUGAUAUAACAGCGGUCCAGGAACUUAGAUGGAUGGGACAUGGCGUUAUUGAUAAACCAGAUUUCGCCAUAUAUUAUAGUUGUAAUGAAAAGCAUCAUACCUUUGGAACAGGUUUCGUCGUGAGCAAACGCCUAAAACAUCUUGUAAUUGAUUUCCAACCAAUUAAUGAACGUAUGUGUAAAAUCAGAUUUAAAGGUAAAUUUCAAAAUUAA